AUGUCCUCUCCACCCCUCUAUAAAACCAACCCCCUUCCACGAUCCCUCUACCCGACACCCCUCGCCUACAAACAUGCCGACUUCAGCAGACAGGAUGAAAGCGCCGAUUCUGAAUGGUACGCGCAGCCACGUUUCGUACAACAUAUCGACGACCCCGCAAUCGCAUGCCUCAAAUCAUACUACAGCACAAUCAUAAAGCCCAAUCACAGCGUCCUCGACAUCUGCUCUAGCUGGGUCUCACACCUCCCCGCAGAGCUCAAGCCACAAAGCAUGGUCGGUUAUGGGAUGAACUACGCCGAACUAUCGAAGAACCCACACUUGACGAAGUUCUCUGUGAAGGAUUUGAAUGUUAUGCCGAGGUUGGAAGACGUUCCUGAUGGAACCAUAGAUACAGUGAUUUGCAAUGUUUCGGUCGAUUAUUUGACGAGGCCGGUGGAAGUGUUCAAUGAGAUGAAGAGGGUGCUGAUAGGAGGAGGAACGGCGCAUAUGGCGUUUAGCAAUAGGUGUUUCCCGACAAAGGUGGUCGGGAACUGGAUGGGAAUGAGUGAUGAGGAGAGGAGGAGGUGGGUGGGUGGCUAUUUUUGGGCGAGUGGGGGGUGGGAGGGUGUUGAAGAGGUGAUAUUGAAAGAGCAGAAAGAGGGGUUCCUGGGUGGAUACGAGGAUCCAUUGUACGUGGUCAGAGGGAUGAAAAUGGCCACGAAAUGA